CCAUUAUUUUCCAGUAUAAGUGAGCGCGAAAUUUGUCUUGGCUGAUUGAAAAUUUUAUUUCACUUUUGUUUUAAGCCAGGUUUAUUGUUUUAAACAUAAGUUCGUCUCGCAGAAAUUUAUUCACGUCGUUAAAAAUGGAAGACUUUCAGAAAAUAGAAAAGAUUGGUGAAGGCACAUACGGCGUGGUUUAUAAGGGACGCAAUCGUGUAACAGGACAAAUAGUAGCGAUGAAAAAAAUUCGCCUGGAGUCUGACGAUGAAGGAAUACCAUCGACAGCCAUAAGGGAGAUAUCGUUGUUAAGAGAGCUGAAGCAUCCAAACAUUGUCUGUUUGGAAGAUGUUCUAAUGGAAGAAAACAGGUUAUACCUAAUCUUUGAAUUUUUAUCUAUGGAUUUAAAGAAAUAUAUGGAUACGUUGCCGCCAGGAAAACCAAUGGAAACUGAGUUGGUGCGGAGUUAUUUGUAUCAAAUAACAAGUGCAAUUUUAUUCUGUCACCGACGUAGAGUUCUUCAUCGAGAUCUGAAGCCUCAAAAUUUGCUUAUUGAUAAACAGGGUGUAAUAAAGGUAGCGGACUUUGGACUUGGUCGUUCUUUUGGUAUCCCAGUUCGCAUCUACACCCAUGAAAUUGUUACUCUCUGGUACAGAGCACCAGAAGUUUUAUUGGGUUCACAACGAUACUCUUGUCCAGUGGACGUUUGGUCCAUUGGUUGCAUAUUCGCUGAAAUGUCUACAAGGAAACCGCUUUUUCAAGGCGACUCAGAAAUUGAUCAACUUUUCCGGAUAUUCAGAAUCUUAAAGACACCAACUGAGGAAACGUGGCCUGGAGUAACAACUUUACCAGAUUAUAAAAGUACCUUUCCAUGUUGGUCGACAAAUCAGCUUACUAACCAGUUAAAAAAUUUGAAUGAACGAGGCAUAGACUUGAUUCAGAAAAUGCUUAUUUAUGAUCCUGUACAUCGUAUUUCUGCUAAAGACAUUCUUGAGCAUCCAUAUUUUGACGGGUUUAAGUUGAAAAUUAAAAACAAUGAAAAUUAGGUAUUUUAAACAUACUACUAUUUUUUUACCUUUAUAUUAAUGUAAAUGUUUACUUCAGAAAUUAAAUUAAUAUAUAUACAUAUAAUUCAACAUA